UCUGCCCCGGAGGGACCGAGGAAGCCGUAACGCAGCCGGAGUUGGGCCUGGAGCAGAGCCUCACGCUGCGGGCCCAGAGGAAAGAGAGGGGCCAUGACGACCACCUCGGCGCUGCGGCGCCAGGUGAAGAAUCUUGUGCACAAUUACUCUGAGGCGGAGAUCAAGGUGCGGGAAGCCACCAGCAAUGACCCCUGGGGUCCACCCAGCUCCCUCAUGUCGGAAAUUGCUGAUUUGACUUUUAACACGGUGGCCUUUGCCGAGGUCAUGGGCAUGAUCUGGCGCCGGCUGAAUGACAGCGGCAAGAACUGGCGGCACGUAUACAAGGCCCUGACGCUACUGGACUAUCUCCUCAAGACGGGCUCGGACAAGGUGGCCCACCAGAGCCGCGAGAACCUGUUCACCAUCCAGACGCUCAAGGACUUCCAGUACGUGGACCGUGACGGCAAAGACCAGGGCGUCAACGUGCGCGAGAAGGUCAGGCAGGUGGUGGGACUCCUCAAGGACGAGGAGCGGCUGAAGCGAGAGCGGACCCACGCCCUCAAGACCAAGGAGCGCCUCGCCCUGGAAGGAGCCGCCAUCGGCAGCUCUCAGCUGGGCACUGGCCGCCGGCCCUCCCGUUACGGGGAUGAGUUCGGCAGGCUCCGGGGGUCCCCGUCCUCCUACAACUCCACAUCUUCGUCCCCGCGCUUGACCUCUGACCUGGAGCAAGCCAGACCCCAGACUACCGGAGAGGAGGAGCUGCAGCUGCAGUUGGCCUUGGCCAUGAGCAGGGAGGAGGCUGAGAAGCCGGUCCCUCCAGCCUCCAGCAGGGAUGAGGAUUUGCAGCUGCAGCUGGCACUGCGCCUCAGCCAGCGGGAGCACGAGAAGGAAGUGAGGGCCUGGCAAGAUGAGGACUCCCCUUUCCCAAAUGGUGCCAGCCGGGGAUGCCGGGACCAGGAGGAGGAGGAGGAGGAGGAGGAGGAGCUGAAGAUCAACCAGUCCUCCAUCCUGGACCUGGUGGACGUCUUUGGUCCACCACCAGCCCCGCCCUCCACGCACACCUCGGCUGACCCCUGGGACAUCCCAGGUUUCAAGGCCACUCUGGAGCCCAGUGGCUGUUCCUGGGGCCCGACAACUGAUCCCUGGGCUCCAGCCUCGGCCAGGGGCCCCCUGAACCACAUGGCCCUGUCCGGCAGCCAGACCUCGGGGGAGCCCUGGGGCCUGGCCCCUGCCCUCUCCUCCUCGGAGCCCUGGAGCCGUCCCUGUGUCCUGCCCUCAGACCCUUGGGCCAAAGCCUCCCCUCUGCACAAGCCCUCAAGUACAAGAGCUGACCUCUGGGGUCCCGCGAUGGACCCCUCCUCCCCACCUGGUGGCACUGACUUAUUUACCAAACUUCCCGACCUGACAGAGCUCGGGGAGAGGCCGGAAAGCACGGGGCGUCCUGGUAGUCCUGUGGAUCUGGACCUGUUCGGGGACCUAGUUCCUGGUCCCAAGCAGAACGGCCGGGAGGAGCCCGGGGCCUUUGACGUAGCGGGUCUGGCCAGCGCCCUGGCCCAGCCAGGCAGCGGCCCCCAAUCGGGCCGGACACCGGAGUCUUUCCUGGGAUCCUCGGCUUCCUCCCUGGUCAACCUGGACUCACUUGUGGUGGCUCUGCAAACCCCGAAGACCCGAAACCCAUUUCUGUCCGGGCCCAGCAUGCCGGCUCCCACCAACCCUUUCAGCUUGGGCGAGCCGGGCAGGCCUACCCUGAACCAACUGCGGACGGGGUCCCCCGGCCCCAGCCUGGCCCCUGGGGACCCCGCCGGCUCCAUGACUUACAGCACCUCGCUCCCUCUCCCGCUCAGCAGCGUCCCUCUCCAGGGCGCCCUCCCGGCUUCCACAGGCGUCUUCCCUUCUCUGGUCCAGGCCUUGCCCCAGCCCCUGCUCCCCACCGCCGGACCCGGGGCCCCACCUCCCCCGGCGCCCCAGACAGGCCUGAACCCUUUCCUCUGAGAGCCCCUCUCCCCACGGCCUAGCCCACCACCCCGGCUCAAGGGCAUCUUGUCUAUCGCCCUUCUCCACGCUGCCACAGGCCCUCCCCCGGGCAGCGGGCCCUCCACCAGGGCAGCCACUGCCCUCUGGGCCUACCGUGGGGUUUGGGGAAGGAAGAGGACUCCUGCCCUUGGGCUGAAUCCCGGCAUACUCAACCCCAGGUGAGGGAGAGGCGGCCGGGACCUCGUGCUGGACACUGCCUGGGCAGCCCGGCUCUGGCUCCGUAUGGGCCAGAGGAGAACCAAGGCUGCG